AUGAGAGCUGAAUACAAGAAGAGGGAGCCAAGAGCGUGUUUCCGCCAACCACCACAGCCGCACAGGUCUGCGUUGAAGACCGACACCAUUUGCCAACGUUCGGUAAAUACGACCCCAACAGCAACCGUACCUCAGACAGGUCAGGAGAAGUUCCAGGAAGACACAAUCAUCCCUAUGGAAUUUUUCACAGAAUUCAUUACCUUCAUUCGGUUAAUCCCAAACUACCCAGUCGAGGACGAGUUUCUGCGCGAGAUGAGAAGAUUCGACAAGACACCUGAUGUUUCUUUUCAGCUUGUGUUGACGGCCCAGAUCUUCCUAGACAUUCACCAUACGAUUCGUGCUGCGACGCAAUGGAGCUUUGAGGCUAUGGCCAAGGAAAGUGGCGUAAUGGUCAAUUCAUUGGAACGCCACCAAGAGUUUCAUGAAAACUUAAAGAUCGACCAUUGGCCUUCCUUCAAUGACCGCAAGCUGCGAGAGUUCAGUCGUCUGAUAAAAUGGAUGGGCGAGGACCCGGUGCACGGCGCCAAGGCAGAGUUGUAUGCACGGAUGGGCAGAACUGUGCCCUCAGAGAUGGAGGUCCAUCGUAUCUUGAUCUAUUCCCCUGUCCUGAGCGGUCUUUUCCUCUUCCGUCUCCGCGCGGAGAUGUACGACGUUGGUCUCGCUGUCGCCAAUGCUUGGGGCUCCAUCACGUAUACCGCUCACCUGUACAAUGCCUUGCAAAGGACCGGCCUAUGGGGGUCUCGGCCGCCGCCUUCACAAGACGCCGCCGAUGCAGGGCAUCAACGAGGGCGCCCUGUGUCGUCUAUGUUCAACAUCGUCGCACGCAGGGCCUACCAGCAGAAGGGCUCGCUUGGCAGCGGAGACUUGAUCAUGACGCAAAUUGACAAUCCACAAGAGCUGAGGGCCAGAGAUCGACUGCGGAAGCAGAAAGCCAAGGCUAGGACCGCCAGGAAAGACUGGACCACCGGCGGCCUUGUCCCUGAGGGACUUGCUGCCACACUUUCUGUGGCACUGGAAUGCGAGUCUCUCGAGAUGGCGUUCCCGUACCUAGCAACGCACCGCUGGUGUUGGAGCCUCCUUCGAUCUGUCAAAGAGGCUUGCGACUCUGUUCCGAGAGAGCCGUACCAACCUGCCUACACGGAGGAGAAGGACACCGAGUUGCCUUGGGUGGUUGGUUACAUUCUUAUGGCUGCGGCUGGUGUCGGCGAGGCACCUGACUUAAUGUUGCUGCAUCGUGCGGCAGAGUCCUGCAAUGCUAUGAUCGGUUCCGAGGCUGGCAUGCUUGCGAUUUCAGUUAGGCGCAGCAUCAGCAAGAACAUUCAGUUCCGAGAGAAAGAGCCGUGGGAGGGUAGGGACAUCUCACACUUCGUAGUCUCUGCUAGGGGCGACGAUGCGAAUGGUCCUGUUGCUCAGCGCCUUGUGGCUGUUCAAUUAAACUACGUGCUGCAACCUAGCAAAACAGGGUACAUAAGUGUCAGGAAGGCGGCGGGUCUUAGCGUGGGCCGUACAGCCUCCAACGGCAGGGAUCCUUUAAUAGAUCCUGCCGCAAGCAAGUGCAAAGACAUGAUGCAAACUCUACUGUUGCCGCCCGCGUCGAUCCCUGUAUUGGAGCGCUUUGCAGUGGAAUGCAAGUGGGACGAGUUCCAAAGUAUUCUCCGCUCCGAGAACCUCAAUUUCAACAAGGCCACCAAUACUAUUCGCCUCGCUCUCUACCACAAUGAGGAAGCGCACUUCUUUGUUCCGCCUGAGGAGUCGUCGAGCAGUCAAACGCCGAAGGCCAUAAUCUCAAGAUCAUGUGGAAAUUCAGAGACUACGAUGCGUCGGGAGAAGACUUACCUAUUCGAGGUGAACAUCCCCCUGCAGAAGCCGGUAGUUGAAGGUGCUGAGAGCCAAGCCAUCGACGACAUCAGCACCGACGACGAGAAGACUGUACCGAAGCCCAAUUUUGUAUUCCAGCACGCCCCGUGCCAUUCACAAGUGCGGCUCGCUGCGUCUUACCCCUCAAUAGAAAUGACAUGA